AUGGGACUCGCUUUCCAAAAAGGGAAGACGGUGAAGCGCCCGUCUCGAUACCAGCUACUACCGCUGAUCAAACACCAACGACUCGUUGAUAUCAGCGAUCAACACGAUCUCGAGCGCAAUGGGCCCCCAAGAUCCAACGUUAGUAAGGUACACUGGGACCCGCAAAACAACACAUACCGGUGUGUAUCGCGGGCAAGGGCGGAUGCAAGGGCGGAUGCAAGGGCGGAUGCAAGGGCGGAGGCAGCCAGUAGCUCAGGUGGCUCAGGUGGAGGCCCCACUGGGGUUGUGGAAGAGAUUGAGGAGCGUGACGCUGUUUCUGCAGACGAUGGUGUUGUUGUGGUGAUGCGGCAUGCCAAUGCGCUUGUUAACGUAGUCGACCUCGUACAUGAAUCCGUCACGAAUGACAUAUGCUCACCAAAUUCUUCGAACGCUCGCCGAAUUCUUCGAACGCUCGCCAAAUUCCUCGAUCGCUCGCUUGUGGGGAGGGGGGGUCCAAUUGCGCUCGCCAAAUUCCUCGAUCACUCGCUUGUGAGUGAUGGUAGGACCGACACGAGGAAUACGUGCAACAGCGCGACCAGUACCACAGGACUCAGCGGAAGUCUGGUGACCGGCCUUCUCAUUGACAGCGCAAGCCUGACGGCUGAUUGGUUCGCGGGAUUCGAAGCUAGGGGUACUGAAGGACUCAGUGGAAGUCUGGUGACCGGCCAUCUCAUUGACAGCGCAAGCCUGACGGCUGAUUGGUUCGCGGGAUUCGAAGCUAGGGGUACUGAAGGUGUCCCGUUAUUGAGGACCCAUACCCCAGGACUCAGCGGAAGUCUGGUGACCGAUUAG